AUGAACUCUGAAUGUGACCAAAGUUCUAUAGUACAGCAGAGCCCAGUAGUAUGCCGGUCAGCUCACAAAGAAAAGAAACCAUAUAAAUGUCCUGAAUGCAAUAAAUACUUCAAAUACAAGAGCCAUCUAGUAAUACAUGAAAGGAUUCACACUGGGGUGAAACCAUAUAAAUGUGCUGAAUGCAGUAAGGGAUUCACAACAGCUGGUAGCCUUAACAAACAUCUGUCAAUUCACAGUGAGGCGAAACCAUAUAAAUGUCCUGAAUGCAAUAAGUGUUUCAGACGAAGGUGGAAUCUAGUAGUACAUGAAAGGGCUCACAAGAGAGAGAGACCAUAUAAAUGUUGUGAAUGCGAUAAGUGUUUCAUACAAAUGAGUGCUCUAGUACAACAUGAAAGGGCUCAUAAGAGUCGUGAGGGUGAGAAACCAUAUAAAUGUGCUGAAUGCAGUAAGGGAUUCAUAACAGCUAGCAACCUUAGAAAUCAUUUGACAAUUCACAGUGGGGAGAAACUAUAUAAAUGUCCUGAAUGCAGUAAGUGUUUCAGACUAAGGGGUGAUCUAGUAAUACAUGAAAGGAUACACAUGGACAAAGGGGAGAAACCAUAUAAAUGUGCUGAAUGCAGUAAGGGAUUCACAACAGGAGGUAACCUUAGAACUCAUCUGUCAGUUCACAGUAGGGAGAAACCAUAUAAAUGUCCUGAAUGCAGUAAGUGUUUCAGACUAAAGAAGAAUCUAGUAGUACAUGAAAGGAUUCACUUGGGCAAGGGGGAGAAACCAUAUAAAUGUGUUGAAUGCAGUAAGGGGUUCACAACAGCUGGUAGCCUUAGAACUCAUCUGUUAGUUCACAGUGGGGAGAAACCAUAUAAAUGUCCUGACUGCAAUAAGUGUUUCAGACAAAGGUGGGAUCUAGUAAAACAUAAAAGGAUUCACAUGCUGGAGAAACCAUAUAAAUGUCCUGAAUGCAAUAAGGGGUUCACAACAGCUGGAAACCUUAGAAAUCAUCUGUCAGUUCACAGUGGCGAGAAACCAUAUAAAUGUCCUGAAUGCAGUAAGUGUUUCAGACUAAGGGGGGAUCUAGUAAAACAUGAAAGGACUCACAUGCUGGAGAAACCAUAUAAAUGCCCUGAGUGCAAUAAGGGUUUCACAAGAACUGGAGCCCUUAGAAUUCAUCUGUCAGUUCACAGUGGGGUGAGACCGUAUAAAUGCUGUGAAUGCAAAAAGAGUUUUGUACAAAAGGGUGCUCUAGUACAACAUGAAAGGACUCACAUGGGGGAGAAACCAUAUAAAUGUGCUGAAUGCAGUAAGGGAUUCACAACAGCUGGUACCCUUAGAAAUCAUCUGUCAGUUCACAGUGAGGAGAAACCAUAUAAAUGUCCUGAAUGCAGUAAGUGUUUCAGACAAAGGGGGGAUCUAGUAAAACAUGAAAGGACUCACAUGGGGGGUGAGACCAUAUAA